UCGCUGAAGACAAAUCUCAUGCACGGUUAUGUGUGGCAGGCCCGAUCUGGAUUUUGCUGAGUGGGCAGCUAUAGAAAGAAGAGACGAGCGACAGCGAGAGACGAAAGGAAGGACGAGAGCAUCACAGCGAAAAGGAGAAUACGGGCUCAUGCGAUUGCCACUGGCGUACCCACCACGCAGUAAUUACUAAUUACUAAUUACUAAUUAUUACUGAUUUAUUGAUUACUCAUUAGUAAUUACUAAUCACUAAUUACUAAUUACUAAUUAUUGUUGAUCACUAAUUACUAAUUAUUACUGAGUACUAAUUACUAUUUGGUUAACUAAGUGGUUGACAAGACAGCAGGAUAGCGAAACCGCGGCAGCGGCGGAGGCUGUACUUGCAAUCUCACAGCUGCCGCGGCGGCGGCGGAGGCUGUACUUAUAAUUUCACAGCUCACCAAUGGUUAGCAUAGCAACAGCUCAGACUCUGAGGCGGUCUGGUGACGUGUGCCGAGGGCGGUUACUCAGUCUGCGUGCAGACACGGGUUUGCAUCUGCAUAUAUUGCAUAUAUUGUUGUUACUCGGAACGGCCUUCUUCGUCAUGGCGAAUGCCGACAAGGGCGCAGCGUCAGCAGCGGCGCAGUCGGCAUACGACGUGCUGACGAGCUUUGGGCUACCUCCAGGGCUGCUCCCACUCAACGUGAAGGAUUAUGAUCUGCAGCCAAGCGGCCAUUUCUCCGUCGAACUCGAGCAUGAUUGCUAUAUCAAGCUUGCCAGUGGCACCCCCGUUUACUAUGCUCAGAAGGUAACCGGGGUGCUUCAGAAACAGCGCCUUUUCCACUUGUCAGGCAUCCAAGCCAAGGAGCUGCUAUGGCUGCCAGUUACUGCCAUCGAGAUGGGUGACUCGUCGUCAGACACAAUCACAUUCAGGGUCGGCUUCCUCAGCAAACAGCUAUCGCUCGAAGAGUUCGCCAAGCCUCGCGCUUGCAGUAGGUCGUUGGAUGGGUGCACAUCUGGAGUGGCUUGAAGUGUCGCACAUGUCUCAUUCCCCGAUGUGCAUUUCAUUCGGACGCAACCUUCCGGGGAAGGUCGAAGCAACACAGUCGAUGUUGCUGCUGCUGCUGCUGCUGCAAAAACAGUCUCUGCGACGUGUACAUCGCACCCUUGCAGUCAGUAAACCCCUUGCAGUGGGUAAACCCUUGCAGUGGGUAAACCCUUGCAGUUGAUGAAUCCUUUCAGUGCAGUCAGUUAACCCUUGCAGCGGCUAAACCCUUACCCUUUUACCCUUGCAGUCGGUAAACCCUUGUGCAGUUGGUAAGGCGGUGAAGUCGGCUUACCCCGGGAGUUAGUAAACCCCUGCUCGCUGUUGUUAAACCCUUGCUCUUGGUAAAUCCACGCAGUCAGUAAACCCUUGCAGCGGUUAAACCCUUACCCUUACCCUUACCCUUACCCUUGCAGUCGGUGUACCCUUGCACAGUUGGUUAGGCCUUGCAGUGGGUUUACCCCGGCAGUUAGUAAACCCCUGCAGUUGGUAAGCCCGCACAGUUGUUAAACCGUUGCGGCCGCCGGUUUGCCAUAAGGCUUGCAGUUGGUAAACCCUUGCAGUCAGUAAACCUCUGCAGUUGGUAAAUCCUUGCAGUCGGUUUACCCUUGCGGACGGUAUGAAACCCUUGCAGUCAUUGCAGUAAUGACACCCUUGCAGUCGCUAAACCCUUGCCGUUGGUAAACCUUUGCGGUCGGUAAACUCUCUUGCUGUCGUUAAUCCGCAAACCCUUGCAGUCGGUAAACUUGAAUUGUCUAUUGCAUCCUAUGUUAACAGAGUUGCUAGGCCCGGGCCGCCCACCGAGACUUGCCCAAAUCCAUCCUUACCAUUGAGUUUGGCGAUAUCUCACCAAAGGGUUUUAUGGGGUAUAAGCAGAGGGUUCG